GUUCAUUCCACCCCAUUUUUCUUCGUCUUCCAAAAACGACAGGGAAAUACAAGCAAUAUUUGGUCCAACAAUGGCCAACCAAAUUCACAAAAAUAAUAUUAAUGCAGUUUUUGUUGUGGGGAUUGUAUGCGUGACGCUGUUGAUACAGAAGAGUGGUGCAACUGACUUUGCAAUUGGAGGCUCAAAGGGCUGGUGUGUUCCUGAUUCUUCUGUUCACUAUAAUCAAUGGGCGGAAAGAAACAGGUUUCAAAUCGGAGACUCCAUUGUGUUCCACUACCCUCCUGGCCAAGACUCAGUGCUUUUAGUAACCCAGGACGACUACACCAACUGCAACACGGAUUCACCUACGGCUAAGAAAUACACCGAUGGCCACACAGUCUUCAAGUUCAACCAAUCCGGGCCAUUCUACUUCAUCAGUGGGAACAAAGAUAAAUGUCAGAAAAAUGAGAAGGUGGUAGUGAUUGUCUUGGCAGAUAGAAACAGAAAUGCAAAACCUCCUUCAUCUUCAAACUCAAAAGAUAUGAUCCCAUCUCCAGCUCCUUCUGAUGAAGCGUCUCCACCUCCACCGCCGUCAGGGACUACUGAGAUUAACCCUACUCCUGCUCCUGAAGGUGAAACACCUCCUCCACCUCCAAACGCGGCUUCUUCAGUUUUCAUGAGUUUUAUUGGGUCCGUCGGAGCAUUUGCCGCAUCCUCAACACUUUUACUACUCUAACAAGAUGGAUCUAAAGCUUUCAAGAUGAAGAUGGGCUGGAUGCUCCUUGCUUGUGGAGCGGCAUACCGCAUACCGAAAAAAAGAAGAUUGGAUUGGAUUCCUUGAGUACAAAGUUUGUUUUCUUUUGAGAGCAUCUUUUUAUUACUCUCUGUUUUAUUUUAUGUUCUUUUUCCCUUAAAGCUCAGUGUACAUGUUUGUACUGGUGCUUGGUAUUGUUUGAUUCUCAUUUGUAUGUGCUUGUGAGACUCCACAAUAAAGGCCAAUAAUGUAGAUGUAUGCACAAAUAAAUAAAUUGAUUAAUUUUACGUAGUGCA